AUGAUUACCCGCUACUUACUACGCCGGCCGGUGUUGGCCGCGCUAACUCUGGUAGUUCUGCUCACUUGGUUCUUCUAUCGUCCGGAUACCUCUGUGCAGGAGAUAUCCCUGCUCGAGCAUCGAUACCCUCUGCUUUUUCAACGUGUUCAUACGAAUAGUGCUAUUGGUGGAGCAUGGUAUAUCCCCGCAGGCUGGACCUCCAACACUACCACCAACCCUACCCCCGAGAAUAUCGUCGACGCAGCCGAACAAGCCUCCCACGCCGCCCUUUCGACAGUCGAAUACCAGAUCCCUCACUCCUCCAUCCCAUUGAUCGUCCAUCAAACCUGGAAAAACACCCGGGUGGAUACUUGGCCACAUGAGAUCCAACAAAGCACGGAGAGAUGGCUGCGAGUGAUCAAUGGCCAGAUGGCUUAUUUUCUCUGGGAUGAUGAGGGCAUCGCGCAGUUUAUUCGACGGUUUGAACCGGAGCUAGAGGAGCAGUUCUAUGCGUUGCCGAGUCAUGUCGAGCAGUCGGAUGUUUUUAGGGUGUUGGUGGCUAAGUGGAUUGGGGGUGUGUACGCAGACAUCGACACCGAACCCCUCCAAUCCCCCGCAGCGUGGAUCACACAAUCGGAUCUAGAACCCUGGAAAGAUACCGAGACCGGUCGCGAAUACACCUCCACCUCUACGCGUCCAGUUAAAGCCAUUGUCGGAUUAGAAGCAGACUGUCCCCCCGACAGUGACACCUACUGGAGGAUGGGAUAUCUCCUCCCUACCCAGUUGACGCAAUGGGCUUUUGCCUGGGCGCCGGGUCACCCGGUGUUGCAGGUUUUCAUCGAUCAUAUUUUCGGGGAGAUUCAGACGAGUGAGUUGCAGGCGUUGGAUCCCAUUGCGUUGACGGGGCCAGUGGCGUUCACGUACGCGGUGCAGAGCUGGCUGGGUACGAUGACGGGGCUGCGGUGGAAUGCGUUGUCUGGGUUGCAGGAUGGGGGGAGAAGUAAGUUGGUGGAGGAUGUGUUGGUGUUGCCGAUUACGGGGUUUAGUCCUGGUCGAGGGGCGUAUGGGAACAUGGGGUCUAAGCCUAUUACUGACCCCUCUGCUCGUCUGCUGCACCGCGCGCAAGGCUCCUGGCGAGCAUUCAACCUGCGCGUCGAGUAUGGCAAGUUCUGUCGGACGGUGUUUGGCAGGUGUCGGUAUUGGUCGAAAGUGCCUAAGGGGUUAUUAAGUUAA